CGUUUUAACUAACAAAUGAGAACAGGUGACAAACCGGACUGACCGCUUUUCAAGCAGAUCGGGGCUGCUCUUUGCCGGCCUUCUCUCCCUACUCUGAAAGAGGGGACUGGCAAGGGGCGCAGUCACGGAAUAAAGGACCGAGAUGAAAAGUUUCCUGAACGAUCGGGCGUUGGUAGAAAACCGGAAGAGAUAACCAGACAGUUUCGUCUGAGAAAAGUCGAUUCACCCGGUUUCGUUUUCGACAUAUUCAGAAUAUGGCCGUCUGGGAACGACUCCGGUUGCCGUUCCUGUGGGCAGCCACUGCGCUUUGUAUUGCGAAAGGUUGCAAGAAUUAUACAGCCGUAGUCGGUAUUGAAGGAGAAGACAUUGUUUUGUCACCAUUAGUUAUAGGCAGUCUGACAGGAAUUUCUUGGAAGAAAGAAGAAAAUCUAGUGGCUGACUCCAAGUUUACAACUGGAAAGGAAAAACAAAGAAUCAGUCUUGACUCUUCCUCUGGUCGUUUGUUUCUCAAAAACCUUUCACAGCAGGAUUCUGGAAAUUACACUGCACAAGCUUUCAUUAAUGAGAGAAUUAUGGAAACUUGUUUUGUUCUGAAAGUACUAGGUUGCAAGAAUUAUACAGCCGUAGUCGGUAUUGAAGGAGAAGACAUUGUUUUGUCACCAUUAGUUAUAGACAGUCUGACAGGAAUUUCUUGGAAGAAAGAAGAAAGUCUAGUGGCUGACUCCAAGUUUACAACUGGAAAGGAAAAACAAAGAAUCAGUCUUGACUCUUCCUCUGGUCGUUUGUUUCUCAAAAACCUUUCACAGCAGGAUUCUGGAAAUUACACUGCACAAGCUUUCAUUAAUGAGAGAAUUAAGAAAACUUGUUUUGUUCUGAAAGUACUAGUACUGCCUGAUAUAAACUGCACUGUCAACAAUGAUACCAUUCAAUUAAGCUGUACAUCGGCAAGUCAGGGUCUGUCUUUGUCUUACUCUUGGGAUUACAUCGGAUAUAAAGAAAUUAUCAAUGAGAACCACCAGUCAGUUAUUCAGCUUCGGAGGAACUCGGACCGUUUUCAGAAAAUUACAUGCUAUAUUUCAGCUUUUGGUUCUUUGGUUUCAGCUAGCAAAUCCAUCAAUCUGAGUGACUGUAUUCCAGAAGAACCUGGUCAUCAGUCAAGAAAUAGGAUAUAUUUAAUCCUAGUAAUAAUCACACCUGUAGUAAUACUUAUCUGCUGGCUAAAAGUGAAGAUUCCAGGAAGAAAUGAAGAAAGCAGGACCCUUAAUAAGAAUCUGGAGCAAGGAUUAUAAGAGAAAAUUAUGAAGAAGAGUUCUGAACCAGAAAAAAUACCCAUGGGUGCAGAAUGAAGAUUUGGAAACAGGAAGUCAAAGAACUUCAGGAUUAGCUAUCUUUAGCUUUUAUGAGGUUUUUGUGGAAGGCUAUGAGUAGUAGUAACCAUUCCAGAAAGCCAACAAAUAUUUUUUUUCUUAACUCUGGGACUAUUAAUAGAAGGAGCAAAGGAACAAACAAGUGUGUGUGUGCAUGCAUGCAUAAGUGCAAACAAAAACAUAUCAAAAGUCUGUGAUACCAAAAACUAGCACAGUUUUGUUCCCAAAAUGAUCUCAUCAGGGAGACCUGAAUAGAAGGCAAUUAGUGCAUUGCUCUGGACAUUUUAUUUUUUACACAGAAAAGAAGUAGAAAUUCAGCACUAAUUUCUUAUCUGCACUAAAUGGAAGGAAAAACAAUGUGAUGAUUCCUACAGGUUGUAUUUCUUUUCAAAGAACUUAAAUGAGCAGAAUUGUAAAAUGUUAAUUCUGACAUAUUGCACUGUAAAUUAGGUUUUUGUUACUAUUAAAUUAAAUUAAAUUAAAUUAAAUGUAAAAGCAACAAUAAAAGCAAAAUGGGUGCUAUUUCUCUUUCAAUGUAUUAAGAUUGAGGUCUUGCUCUGGGGGGCAAAUGAUGAAGUUAUCAUGCAAAUGCCAUGGCUUAGGUACUUGUAUCAGAUGUUGGUCACAAUACAUGUUGGCAGUGUGAUAAUGCCACUGCAUGCAUGGUGUCAUUUGUUGACAUCAUCACAGCUGAGGCCCCUCCAUGUUCCAAAAUACUUCUCUUCCAGUUGCCUGACUCAGGGGCUUACUCCAGUUGCACUUUUCUGACUGUAUGUGUCAUGAGUAAGGAUGGC